AUGAGCUAUAGCUACCACCUACAUCAUGUUAACCUGCAUCAGCUAAACCACUAUAUACAUCACCAACAGCUACCUCAAUCACAGAAACUGGCAACAAUCUCCACCACUUCGCAUACUAUUCCACGUUUUUACAACAAAAAGCUCAGAGCUUUACUUCCUUUUCUACUAUUGCUUCUUUGCUUAUACAAAACUGCUACCAUCUUCCUCACAACGGAAAUCAAUCAGGCGGAGCUUGAGGCACAUGCAUUAGCAUAUCACAAGAGCACCCAGUUCAACCCAAAAAAUAUUGCAUUAGACUUGUACAAUUAUGUCAUUGAACAGCAGCACUCGCUAGAGUCAAAGAUAGGUGACUCAAGAGGUAUUUACUUCCACUGGGACGAUUGGGUUGAUUUAUCAGCAUCGAAUCAUUUAUUGAAUAAAGCUAAAUUGGCAUCCCCCUCGGGUACUUAUUGUGAGCCAUCUUUGGUCAAGUAUGGCUCAGUGAGUGGACAUAAAUUGGAGGGUUACGAAACAAAGAUCCAACGUGGUGCUGUCAAUCUUUACUGCUCUCAUCCCUUGCCUCAACGUAUCGUGAUUGCCACCGAUGAAUCAUUGAUUGAAGUGCCAGUAAUUGGAAAGAAGAGAUUUGGAAAUCAUAAAACUGUGCCAGUCAAAUCAGAUCAAUUGGUGAACAAAAUGAAACAAUUGCAUCAAACUGCAAAUGCAAAUUUCACAAGAAAGCCAAUUGUUGAUUUACAAAAACAGGUUGCCAUUGAGCCAGAUGACUUUAUUUUUAAACCCGAUGUGGAAAUCUUUGGCUUGCAGGAAAAACUCAACAAUCAAACCAUUACACCAGAGGAGUUGGAGUAUCUUGAGUUUCUCGAAUAUUCUAACAACCACUUAGUCGAUCACACUGAUCGUUACUUUAAAUAUGCUUGGAUUUAUACUGAUAUGUUGCAAGGCAAAUCUCAUCACAUUGCAUACCCAUUUUUCAAAAGAUACAUUAGUGAUCGCGAACGUCAAAGUGUUAUGCAUCAUAUAAUACGUGCGUGGUUUCAAUUUGCUGAGGUGAAUGGGUUUGCUAGUUGGAUCAACCAUGGGUCUUUAUUGGGUUGGGCUUUCAAUGGAUUGAACAUGCCAUGGGAUACUGAUAUCGACGUUCAAAUGCCAAUUGCCCAAUUGGACAGAAUGGCCCGUAAUUUCAAUCGUACAUUGGUGAUGGAAAAUCCCCGUUAUGGUAAUGGUCGCUACUGGUUGGAAGUAGCACCUACUUACAUUCGUCAAGGUAAUGGCCGUAGCUUCAUUGACGCCAGAUUCAUCGAUAUACAAAGCGGGUUGUACAUUGAUAUAUCAGCAUUGUCGCAUACUGAAGUUCCACCGCCAACUGAUAAAGAUGGAAAACUAGCUGACCUUAGCACGAUGUCGGUUCAUUGUAAAAACUGGAAUUGGCACUCCUUGGAUGAGUUGUUGCCUAUAAGGCAUACCUACUUUGAAGGUGCGUCGGUAUACAUUCCCAAAAAGGUGAAAGAACCAUUAAAACACAAGUAUGGAGCCAAGGCUUUAACAAACUACCAUUUUCACAACCACAACUACCAAUCUGACAUCAGCCUCUGGGUCAAUGACCAAGUAUGCGCUAAUCCUCCCUUUAGCAAAACAAGGUCUCGUUUCAACAAGUACCACCAAUUGACUAAAAAGGGUGCAUGCAAUUCAAAAGUAUUACAAGAUGAGUAUAACAUUGUUAAAGAAUGUACCCAACGCCAUCAUGAGCUUAAUCAAGAUUUAGAUCUGCCAAAGUUUUACGAUAUCACAACAAUGGGCGACUUGCCAAUUUUCAGAAAGGAUGCGUGGGAUUACUACUACGAAAUCAAUCAUCACUUGGCUAACAAUGAUAAUUGGUAUAUACGUAAGGAAAUAAUAAAACCAGGGUUGUAA